AUGCCGGUCUGGGUGCGGGAUUACAGUUGGCGGCAGACGGACACUGCUGUUUUCCUCUCCCUGCCGAUGCGGGGUGUCCGGGUCACCCAGGCAAACAUCUUCUGCACUGACCAGUAUCUGAAGGUAAAUGUUCCUCCAUUUUUAUUUGAAGCCAUUCUGUAUGCUCCUGUUGAUGACACUAGUAGUACAGCAAAGAUCAGAAAUGAGACCAUUUUCUUCACUUUAUAUAAAAAAGAAGUGGCCAUGUGGGAAUCCCUGGUUAUGGAAAAUGGUGACAAAGAGAAAAUGCAGAGAAUAAGAGAGAAUGCUGUCAUAAAAGCUCAAGAGAAGGCAGAUGAAGAGGAAAAAUCAAAAGCUGUUACAAAACGAGAACAUAAAAAAUUUGCUCUGGAGGCCACAAUGAAGCUAGAAGAAACAGAGAGAAAAAGAAUUGAAAAUCUGAAAGAAGAGGAGCGAAAGAAGGUCACUGAGGAGCUGGAGAUAUGGAAAGAAAAGCAGAGAAAUGAGGAGAAACGAAGAAUACAAAGAGAAGAGGAAAUACGUAGAGAAAGGAAACUAAUAGAGGAGAAGAAAAAGCAAGAAAUAAAUAAAACUCUAAAUGCAGGAACUUCCAAGGCUAGAAGUAUACCUACAAGAGCUGGUAGUUCUGGAAAUAUAUUUUCAGAGAAGUUAAAAGAAGAAUCUUUCCCUGCUCCUCGAUCUGCUGGUACUAUUAAAAUUAGUUUCACAUCUCGGGUGUUUCCUACAGCUCUCAGAGAAUCCAGAGUAGCAGAAGAGGAAGAGUGGCUGCAUAAGCAAGCAGAGGCUCGUAGAGCAAUGAAUGCUAAUUUUUCUGAGCUGAAGGAUUUAAAUGAGGAGGAGAAGAACCCAGACUGGUUGAAAGACAAAGGAAACAAAAUGUUUGCAACAGGAAACUAUCUUGCAGCUGUAAAUGCCUAUAACCUGGCAAUUCUGUUAAAUAAUAAGAUUCCAGUACUAUAUCUGAAUCGUGCUGCUUGUCACCUUAAAUUGAGAAACUUGCACAAGACCAUUGAAGAUUCAUCUAAGGCACUAGAAUUACUGAUACCACCUGUUCCAGACAAUGCUGAUGCUAGAGUGAAAGCUUACGUGAGGCGUGGGACAGCAUUUUGUCAGCUGGAAUUGUAUGCUGAAGGUCUCCAGGAUUAUGAAGCUGCUCUCAAGAUCGAUCCUACAAAUAAAACUUUAGAACAAGAUGCUGAGAAGAUUCAACAUAUAAUUCAUGGAACUGCACAAGAUUCUUAA